GCGGUCACGGCAAAGAACUGAAUGUCUUAGAAAUAUCACGUGAUCGAUCCACUUGAUAUGAUAACGCUAACGGACGACGCCCUAAACGUGAAAUGAAACACGAAACAUGAAAGUAGUGAUAGCAGAGCCACCUACAUCACAAGUUGCGAUCUGCCAGUACCAUUCGCGGCUGGCAGCGGCUGGCAGACACAUAGACAACAACGGUCCAGAGUUCUUCACAGUCUGCUACCAUAGCUGCCCUUGGCCUUCGAUCAUACUUUUUUACCGUCACUUAAUCAUAUAUGUUCUAAUCAGGAUCGAUGUUUUAACUGUACUCUGUGGUUUGUCGUACCAACUAACAGACUGCCGUCUGACCAAGUUGCGCUGACCAGCACGACCAACAUCAUGGACAUACCGAGUGCCCGAGAGCUGUUGGACCGAUUCACCUACUACGACUAUGCCGUCUUCAUCGGGAUGUUAUCGAUAUCGGGAGCCAUCGGCGUGUUCUGUGCCUUCCACGGCGGUGCUCAGAACACCAUCCGCCAAUUACUGACGGGUAACAGGGCCCUGCCCGUCGUCCCCGUCGGCACGUCGCUUAUGGCCAGUUUCAUCUCUGCGGCAUACAUUCUGGGAAGUGCUUCCGAGGUGUACCGCAAUGGGACAAUGUAUGCCAUGAUGUUCUUGUCGUACGCGAUUACCAUACCGGUCACUGCCCACCUGUAUAUGCCGGUGUUUUACAACCUCAACGUCAUCACGGCGUACGAGUAUCUAGAGUUACGUUUCAACAGGCAGGUUCGGAUGAUAACCGUUGCUCUUUACACUAUUGAGAUGACGAUCUACAUUGCUAUCUCCUUGUAUGCUCCAGCCCUGGCACUGUCCCAACUGACAGGCAUGACACUAUGGUCUGCUGUGGCAGCUAUUGGAAUCGUCUGCACUGUAUACACAAGUAUCGGUGGCAUAAAAGCUGUGGUGUACACGGACACCUUCCAGACGGUGGUCACGGUGGUGGCCCUUGCCGUGGUGGUGCUCAUCGGCUACAGCGAAAUGGGUGGCUUCUUCAGAGUAUGGGAAAUCGCAAGAAAUGGAAGCAGGAUUGAGUUCGACAAUAUCAACCUCGACCCCACGAUACGUCAUACAAUCUGGGGCCUUUCACUGGGCGGCUUCUUCACGAGUGCUGCAAGCUACGCGACCAGCCAGAUGAUGGUGCUUCGCUACCUUACGGUGCCCAGCCUGCGAGAUGCAAAAAUAGUCAUAUGGCUCAACUUUCCCUUUCUGUGCGUUGUGCUGUUCCUGAGCUGCCUGGCUGGACUUAUGGUGUACGCAAGGUACGCUACAUGCGACCCCAUCGAGAUCGGACAAGUCAACAGCAACGACCAGCUUCUGCCAUACUUCGUCAUGGACGUACUAGGGAAAAUGACUGGAGUUCCUGGUCUGUUUGUUGCUGGGAUCUUUGCGGCGUCUUUGAGCUCAAUAUCCUCAGGUGUGAACGCCUUAGCGUCAGUGUUCUACGUCGAUGUCAUCGCUCUUAUCAAGGAGGACAUUCCAGACAAGAUAGGCGCUCGUAUCAUCAAUGGACUGGGUGUGUUCUUUGGGCUCCUGUCCAUUGGUUUGGUGGCGCUGGCAUCGCAGAUGGGCAACGUGUUGUCUGCCUCGCUGAGCAUCAACAGCGGCAUCGGAGGACCUCUCUUGGGGGUCUUCACACUAGGCAUUUUCGUACCAUCUGCGAAUAGCAAGGGUGCAUUGUCGGGACUGCUGGUAUCACUGGCCCUAUCAUUGUGGAUGUCCUUGGGGUCCUUUCUGGAAGGCACGGAAGCCAGCACAACUGCACUGGUAUCCGUGGAUGGCUGUCUGCAGUAUUUCCAAAACUUCACAAGUGUUCGCCCCGCGUCAUCUGUUGCCCAUACCGCACAUGUUCUUACUGGCGUCCUCAACUUGUACAAGCUGUCCUACCUCUGGUACAGUAUGAUCGCUUUCUUUUUCGUCUUCAUCGUGGGCGUUCCAGUGAGUCACAUUACAGGGCCAACGAGACCAGAGACCUUGAACCCGGAACUCCUCACGCCCUGGGUUGAUACAGUCUUGUGGUUCUUGCCCGAAGAGGUUCGAAAGUUCUUGCGGAGUGAUGUUGGAUCAAAAUACGUGCCAGACAUCACGUCUCCAUCAGCCAACUCCAAGACGUCAUCUUUCACAAAAGAAGUACUCGGUGUCGACUUUUUAAGGAAAGAAUCCUUGUCUCCAGUAUCUCCUGUCUUGGAUGCAUCUUAUAUCCGAAACGUCACGGAUAUUUCGUUCCCUGUUCCUCCACCCAUGAGAAAGCUUAGCUAUCAUCCGGGAAUCGUCACAAAGCUCACAACGGUGAUUUCGAACAAAGAAAACGACGAGGUCGAUGUUGUAGCGUUUGUGUGCUUCGAGCGAAGUGCAGAAGGAUCGAGCACUUGCAUGGCACCACAGGAAGUUGUGGAAUUUGUCGAAGUUGUCGCCAACGCCGAUGGAGGAUCGGCACACCUCGCGGCCCGCUUUACAGAAUGGGAUUACAUGGUGUUCGCCGGCAUGCUGUGCAUAUCCGCUGCCAUUGGCCUGUACUACGCCUGUAGUGGCAGCAAACAAGCUACCACAGCCGAGUUCCUCAUGGGCAACCGGAACAUGCAAGUAAUCCCCGUGGCCUUGUCCAUCUUGGCCAGUUUCAUGUCCGCCAUUACGCUGCUGGGCACUGCUGCAGAGAUGUACAACUACGGCACCCAAUACAUCUUUAUUCUCUUCGCAUACUGUUUAGUCAUUCCCGCUGCCGCCUAUCUCUACAUGCCGGUCUUCUACGAGCUGCAUUUAACCAGCACUUACGAAUACCUGGAACUCCGUUUUCAUCAUAGCCUCCGUGCACUAGGAUGCCUGAUAUUCGCGUUUCAAAUGCUGAUCUAUAUGGCCAUUGUCCUGUAUGCGCCGUCACUAGCGCUCUCGCAAGUUACUGGGAUCAGCGUAUGGACUUCUGUCCUCUCCAUAGGAAUAAUCUGCACCUUUUACACCAGCAUUGGUGGCAUCAAAGCCGUGAUAUGGACGGACGUGUUCCAGAUCUUACUCAUGUUCGGCUCAAUGCUGACCGUCACUAUAAAAGGGUCCCUUGAGCUAGGGGGCUUCAACUACGUCAUCGAGAAGGCCAGAGAUGGGAACCGUCUCGAAUUUUUCAAUUUCAGCUUCGACCCGACAGUUCGCCAUACAGUCUGGGGUCUCAUCAUUGGCUGCUACUUCACGUGGCAGUUCGUAUACGGUGUGAGCCAGGCUAUGGUACAACGCUAUCUCACUCUACCUAGCUUGGGAAAGGCAAAGCUAGCAAUCUGGCUUAACCUUCCCGGCCUGUCGUUCCUCAUGCUGAUCUGCUCCAUGUCAGGCUUAGUGAUCUAUGCCAAAUAUAGUGCUUGUGACCCAAAGCUCACCAAACGCAUCACGUCCGACGAUCAGCUCCUUCCACUAUAUGUGAUGGAAAUUCUCGGGGGCUACCCAGGCAUCCCAGGCCUCUUUGUGGCCGGCAUAUUCAGCGGCGCCUUGAGUACCGUGUCAUCGGGGGUGAACUCCUUGGCUGCGGUGGCACUCGAGGACGUGGUCAAAAGAUACAUAAAUCCCGGGAUAACUGACGCAGUUGCAACGACUUUGUCGAAAGGACUCGCCCUGUGUUUGGGACUAAUCUCAAUUUUAAUGGUCAUCGUCGCCCAAUCACUCGGCGGUGUGCUACAGGCUGCGUUAUCCAUCUUCGGCAUGAUUGGUGGACCACUGCUGGGCGUCUUUACAUUGGGACUCUUCUUUCCGUGUGCCAACUCUUUCGGCGCCAUGACUGGCCUCCUGGGUUCCCUUGCCUUCAGCAUGUGGAUUGGCUUCGGAGCUUUCAUCACCAAGCCUUUAAUACCCAGAGCUCCUAUUUCGGUACUCGGAUGCAUUGACGAGUACCUCAACGUCACCAACACUACCAUGUUUUCUAUGCCGAAACAGCCAGACUACUCUAAAAACGAAGACACAUUCAUCCUUUACCGCCUCUCGUACGUGUGGUUCAGCAUGAUUGGCUGCUGGCUUGUCGUUUUUAUUGGGCUCCUAAUGAGCUUCAUAACAGGUUGCACGAAGCCGUCAGCUGUUGACCCCCGGACAGUCCAUCCUAUCUAUAACUACAUGUGUAGAAAGCUACUACCUAGUCGACUUCAUGAGAAAUUCUUAACUAAACCUACCGAGCAAUACCUGACGGAGCAUCUGGUAGCCCUGGCACGUUCGCCCGCACAUCAGGGCAAGGACAACUUCGCAUACUUGGCAACCACGGAAGGUGAAAAAGGACCGUUUUUCGACAGCAUCAGAGCGCCGAGCUUCGAAAGCUUAGCUGCGAAGUCGUCUGCCGAAACUGUCGCAGGCGCACAGCUUAAGAGCUCCGACACCCAAGCAGCCAAGGCCCCUUCCGAAGAUGUGGGCCGGACAGAACCGAAUACCUUCGAAAGCCUUCCUGGGACGAGCUCUGCUGAAGGCUUAGCCGCUAGUCAACCGAAGACCAUAGCGAGCCAGCCAGAUGUGACGCCUGGUUUAGGGGUAGCUAGGGCAGAACCCAAGAGCGUCGAAAGUCUUGUUGGCACAUCGUCGUCCGAACAGCCGAAGUUGGAACAGAAGCUGGAACCACGGGAUCCAGCCACAAUAAAGGCUUCAGAAGCUGGAACGGCGAUACCGAAUGCCGAACUUGCAGAAGCACCAAAAGAAGUUACAUAGAUUACGUAUAUGGGUUAUGGUCUGUGUGAUCGCUGUUGUAUUUACGUACAAAACGUAUGAGCAUAAAACGAAUAUGUUAUUUAGUUCGUCGCAUAAUAUGGACUAGCAAGUUGUACCCUAACAAGCGGAGAUUCUGUGCGCG